AUGUCAACCUUUAAUCAACCUAUGUAGUUUGUACAAAGCCAAUAUGGAGGCGGUGGCUAUUACGGAAACAGCUACCAAGCAAGUUAACCAGAUAGAAACUUUUAGCAAAACAGCCCUGUCAAGAAUUCCUAAAUGGUUAGUGCUAAGCCAUAUGAGGAGGAACAAUUUAUUCCAAACGAACCACAAAGCAGAGUUACUUAUCUCAGAAAGUUGUAUCUCGCAGUAUUUUUCUAGAUUUUGGUAACCACCUUCUUCACCCACCAAGCAGAAUAUUCAGUCAAUUACCGCUCAUGGGUUUUAAACACCACUGGAUUCACCUUCGUUUUCUGUUUAAUCGUAACAAUUGUUUUGAGUUUGGGUGCAUUCUUGUAAAAAUCUUAACUUUCACGCCCAAUUGUUAACUACGUAUCCUAUAUUUUAUACACUCUUGCUUUUGGUGUUCUUUUCUCUUAUUUUGAUGCUAAAUAUUCAAGCAAUUUCCAUCAUACUUUUGUAGUAUUGGCUUAUUUAACUUUCGGCCUUUUCCUUCAUGCUUUGCUUUGUUUUGGUAUUAUCACCUUCUAAAAUGCUUCUAUAUUCAUUAUAGGAAGCGUUCUAUUAGUCACUCUUAAAAUGGAAAUCUUUACUCAAAUUGGAAUGCAAACUAUAUACGUCCUUAGCACUUUAGCAAUCCUUUUCGGUUAUUACGUCAUUUGGGAAAACGAAACUGUUAUCAGUGGAGCUAAAACAGAGUGGUCACGUGAAGAUCCAGUUGUUGGCUCUAUUGCUUUCUUCUUAAAUUUAUUUACUCUUUUCCUCCGUUUAGCCAACAUGAUUUCCAAGAUUGCUAUUGUCUCCUACACAAGAUCUUGA